GCUGGGUCGGUUUUGUCCAGUGCAACGAAAAACAUCGUGAUUGCUCGCGACGCCCAUCUCCCACACAACGUCACCGUCAGAGACGCAGCUGAACCACCGUUUACAGCCUCGGUAAAUCUGCCAAAAUGUCCGCUUUGUACAACCUCAUCUUCCGCAACAACACCGCCUUUGUCGGCGCUGUCUUCGCUGGUGCCUUCGCCUUCGAGUUGGCCUAUGACAACGGCAUGGACAAGGUCUGGGACAAGAUCAACAAGGGGCGCCAAUGGAAGGACAUCCGCCACAAGUACGUCGAGGCUGAGGAGUAAACAUGACGACUUGGGAGCAACUUUUCAAGACAUGGAAACGCCGACCCGAUGAGGAUCAGACGACAGCCUCUAGGAGAAAGUGGGACGUGGUCGACGGCCAUUGAUUGCUAGAGGAAUGGGCGACUUUUCCUGACGCUUCUGCCUACCAAGCCCCUAUUUCUACCGUAUUGUACAAAAUCAAUAUUCACCAUGGCGAAAGACACAUAGACGAAUGACCAUAGCCCGACUACAAGGCUGAAGAGUAGGAGCAUUGAGCAAUUCUCUCUGCCAGCUUUUGAUCUGAGGAACCUCAGCAUGAAGCAAGCCCGGCAACCGAACGGCCCAGCCUGGAUUUCGGACGUGUGUAUGUGUGGGCAAUGUCUGCUUUAAAUUUCCCAGCGUUGCGUAGCAGGCUGAAGCGUUCGAUGAACUGCGCAGUUCGAGCUGACCUUCGCAAUCUCUGACGUCUUUACGCAGCGGCUUUGAUGGUCGGUCGGACGGCAUGGAUUUUUCACACACCAAGCGCCAGCCCCUGGCAAGCUACGUUAGCUGGCACUGUGGCCUGUGGUAUGUGGUAUGUAGAGGUAGUAGAGUAUAGAGGUACCUACCGGCUGGUGCUCGACAUGGUGAUUAUUCGCUGAGGAACCUCUACAUUUGACCUACUAACUUUUUGUUCUGUCCCUACCGUACCUCUACCGGUACUUCAGGAGCAACACGGUGCAAUGCACGAUGAUGAUUAUCAAUAUACGGUGUGGACGACAUCAGGACGGGAGGUUCAGUUUGUAACAAGUCGCUCGGUUAGGUAUAGUAGCGGAAGCACACGCGUACUUCUGAGGGUAAGCGUGGCCC